UGUUUAUUUAACAAAACAGUGGAUUUCCUCUUCAGAGGUGGGUCUUCCAUUUUUGGAAAUUGAGAACAUGUCACCAAGCAAGAGUCAGAAAGUAAUUAAUGAUUUACUGUAUGUAUGUUUAUCAUGUUUUCCUUCCAUUUUGUAAAAUGGGGUGGCCAAAUGGUAGAUCCUCAGUUGCUUAACGCAUGUUGUUUUACCAGCUGUAAGGUUGAGGGGCUUCUUCCUGGCUAUACCUCUUCUAAAACAUUUGUUUCAUGCAUAUAAUUAUAUCUUCACUUAUAUGUCAUAAAAAUAUCUUCACGCAUGUUGCAAACAUGUUUUAAUAUGUGUGUAGCAUUUCAGUUAUUCUGUUUUGAAAUAUUUGUUCUAAGUAAUACAAAUAUUUACUCAGAAACAAAAGAUACUAUGCCAACUAAGAAAAAAAACGAGAUGCAAAUACGAACAUGAUUAUUGGCAAGAUGAACCAGGUAGGCGUAUAAAGGAUUUACAUUGUUCCAAUAGAUAUAAAAAUAUUGUUAACAGGAAUAAACCACUUCUUUUCUUGUGGCACAUUUUCUAGAACCUUGCAGAUUUGUUUUCUUGAUUGUUGCUUUCUCUUAUAGUCAUCACAGAAUGGUGCUUUCACGCUCCUGGACGCUAGUUAAACACUUUGAAGGGGCUCCGAAAUUAUCAGACUUCAAGUUAAAAGAGGUGAAAUUACCAGCCAUUAAACAUGGAGGUAAGGUCGUUUUUUGAUAGUAAUACAUUCUUUAUGCUCUUGUUAUCCAUCCAAAAGUGGAUGUUUUUAAAUUCUAUUCAUUUGUUCAAUGAUCUUAUUCCAAGGGUCUUAGAACAAACCUCCAGUUGCUUCUCUUCCAUUUGCAACUGGAUGGAAGAAAAGUCUAAAACCGAGCUUCUUAUAUUUCCCCUCUUGUAUUAAUAAUCCUUCUCUAUAACUCUCUCUGCAAGUUGAUUGUAUGCAUACCAGCUCAUCCUUACAAACUUGCAGCCUUGGUGUUAUCUUUUAUUCCGGCCUCAUAUUCAGUCUAUCGCCAAAUCCUGCUAUUUUCAUAUUAAAAGCAUUGCCUGCAUCCAUCACUUUUUUAUGCAAAAUGCUACUAAUGAAUUUGUUCAUACUCUUGUAGUUGGUCUCUCCGGAAACCACACCACCUCUUUACAGUCUGUAAUGAAUGCUGCUGCCAGGCUGAUUUUUCUCUCCUUUCGCAACUUUCAAACGUCACCUGUCAGUCAGUCAUUACACUUUCUUCCUGCCUCUUUAUAACCACUGGCUUAUCUGUGCAUGAGACCUUCUCAUGACUGCUACUCAUACCCAUACUGCUAACUUAAUCUUGCAGGACUUCUCUUUGGGGAGCACCACUCUUACUGAACAGCCUGCCUCCUCCCAUCAGACUCUCUGAGUCUCUAAUCCUUUAAAAUUGCUCUAAAAAAAUAUUCAAAAUAGGCUAUGGACUCCCAGGCCAACUGUCAUUGCUCUCUCAACUUAAUUAGUGAGUCUGUUGUCCACUUCAAUCUUACCUUUCAACCCUGCUACUUUUCCACCCUGUCACCUGGUUGCUAUACCCAUGCUAUCCUUCCUAUUUUGUUUUUAUACCCCUAGAUUGUAAGCCUGUUUGAGCUGGGUCCUCAUUAACCUAUUGUCCAUUUUGUAACAGUUUGUCUUAUUUAUUGUUAAAUUCCUUCCUUUAUUGUAAAGCACUGCAGAAUUUUCUGAGCUAGUAUAUUCUCGUUCAUAGGUGUGUGCACAGAGUGUGCCGGGUGUGUCUGGGCACACUCUAAUCUAGGGUACCCAUGUGUCCCGGAACGCCCAGGACAGUCCUGCUUUUUGUCACCUUCAUUAUGGUACAUUGUACUGGGCCCCACAUUAGUGAAGAGAGGGCCCACUGGCUUCCCCACUAUGCCAGCGCCGCGGGCCCCUAUUUGCAGCCAGCCGUGGGAGAUGUGGGAGUGGCAACACUCCCUCCCCUCCCAGCACUGCGAGAAAGUGAGGUCACAUGCGAUGAUGUCACUUCCUCCCAGCGCACUUUGCAGAUGGCCGCGUGGGAAGAAAGAGAGAGGAGCACCCAGGGUGGGGGGUGAAUUGACAUGAAAUUUGGGGGGGUAUGUCAAAAAUGGUGGAAUGGAUAUGAAAUAUGGGGGGGUAUGAAAUAUGGGGGGGAUGGACAUGAAAUAUGGGGGGAAUAUGAAAUAUGAGUGGGAAUAGAUACUGAAACCCACGCUACGCCGCUGUGUCCGGUGUGAAAAGGGGGUCCGGGAGGGGCAAGGCAGUGUCCCUGAAUGGCAUUUUCUAAAUGUGGUCACCCUACCUAAAUAAAGCCUCAGAAUUGAGGCUCUGUACUGCACUGCUGCUAUGCUAUUUGUUAUGCUGCCAUUAUAUGGGGGCUGCGGGGCCGGCAAUUCGCAAUGGGAAGGUGCGAGUGUCGCUUUGCCUUUAAGACAUUUGGUUCACCUUCCUUUCCAUUGGCUGUCCACCUCCUCUCUCUGCAAACCUCAUGACCUGACGGCUGAUGUCAACACCUGCGACUGAUGCGUGCUUUUGCAAGGAGUCAGCAAGGAAAGGGGCGGCUGCAGAUAAAGAGAGCUGGCAGAGCAGACAGGCACAGGCUUUCCAGGACCCCAGUGAUUUGUGCAGGCAACAGACCUGAUAAUGGAUCACGAUAAGAGAAGCUAAAAUUAUACACUCUUUCACUACACAGUACUGUGUAUCACUAUCAAACAAAAGAGGAGUAAGAGAGAAUAACUUAAUUUUACGUCAUGUAAUAUUGUAACUGCAGUAGGAAAACUGCUAAGCUUGGAGAUUCCUAUAUGUGACAUAGAAAUCCUUGCCAACAAAUUUAAGGUGUCAGUGGAUCAAUGGGAAGCAGAAGCCACACUGCUAAGGGGGUAUGAUGGACCUACUCUUAAAGGUUGCACCACAAAUACCAUCAAAGAGUGGCUUGAUUGUUUUAACCCCUUAAGGACACAUGACAUGUCAUGAUUCCCUUUUAUUCCAGAAGUUUGGUCCUUAAGGGGUUAAAGAAUCAGAUCGAUUCAACACAUUUAAUGCUUAUUAUAAGUGUGUUCAGUGCUUUACAGUGUUACUUGUGACAAGCUGUUCACGUGAAGAGCCUUUUCAAAACUGACACACGUAAAAACCAAACUGAGGAGUACAAUGCCCCCUUGAUGCACUCGUGAUAUUAUAUAUUGAGCAAGAAUUGACUUGGUCAGCUACUUAUAACGAGGUCAUUGAAGAAUUUAAGUCUAUAACACCUUCUGUACGAUGUCUUCUUCUCUAAAGCAUACAAGUGAGGAAACCAUAAUAGUCUGUAGGGGUCAUGACAACUUUACUGAUGCCAACUUGGCUUAAAGGACCACUAUAGUGCCUGGAAAACAUACUUGUUUUCCUGGCACUAUAGUGCCCUAAAGGUUGCCCCCACCCUCAGGGUCCCCCUCCCGCCGGGCUCUGGGAAGAGGAAGGGGUUAAACUUACCUCUUUCUCCAGCGCCGGGCGGGGAGCUCUCCUCCUCCUCUCCUCCCUCUUCUCUUCCUCUUCGGCUGAAUGUGCAUGCGGAUUUUCACAGUGAGAAGCACGCAAGGGCCUCUAGCGGCUGUCAACUGGAGGCUGGAUUAAGCCAUUUAUAAACAUAGCAGUUUAUAAAAAACAUCUAUGUUUAUAAAAAAAAGGGUUAACCCUAGCUGGACCUGGCACCCAGACCACUUCAUUAAGCUGAAGUGGUCUGGGUGCCUAUAGUGGUCCUUUAACUGCUUCUUGCUUAGAAGAUACUAGAAAAAAAAACUUUAGAAACCUUGCUGAUGGGCAUUUUCUGCUCUACCACCAGUGCCUAUAGUGGUCCUUUAAGCAACAUUUUGAUUUAGUUUCUGUUGUAACAAUUCCCAUGUACCAUGCUUAUUUAUUUUAAAUGUGUUUUUAAGUUUAAAAAUUUGAAAUGUUUGUUUACAUUGCUAAAUGCUUAUUUAAUAAAAAAAAAAAAGUUUUAAUUUUUUUUUUAAAUGUUUGUAUUGAAAUUUAUAUGAGUGCGGGUCUGUGUAUGUAUGUAUGCAAGAGUGUAUUUGUAUAUACACUGAACACAAUUCUAAACGCAACACUUUUGUUUUUGCCCCUAUUUCUCAUGAGCACCAGGGAGCCCAGUGGUUUACCAGGGAGCCCACACUAGACCACCAGGAAAUAAAUAAGGUAUUUAGUCCCCCCUCCCUCACACUAUCACCCCCCUCCUCUCACCAUCACUCCCCUCCCUCACACCAUCUCUCCCCUCCCUCACACAAUACCUCCUCCCUCUCACCAUCACCCCCUCCCUCACACUAAUACUCACCCUCCCUCACACCAUCACCCACUCCCUCUCAUCCUCAUCCCCCUCCCUCACACUAACACCAUCACCCCCCCUCACCAUCACCCCCUCACACCAUCACCCCGUCACACCAUCAGCCCUUCCUCUCACCACUUCCCUUUACACUAACACCCCACCUCCCUCUCACCAUCACCCACCUCCCUCUCACCAUCACCCCUCCCUCACACCAUUACCCCUCCCUCACACUAUUACCCCCUCCCUCUCACCAUCACCCCCCUCACACCAUCACCCGCCUUCCUCACACCAUCACCUCCUUCUUCUCACCAUCACACCCUCCCUCUCACCAUUAACCCCCCUCCCUCUCAGCAUCACCCCCACAUAAACCACAUUGUAUCAUAUUUGUUUUGCUUCAAAACAUCAAUAUCUGUUAUAAAACCAAGAAAAUUGGGCAUGGAUGGUGAGCUGAUUUGGUUGUGAAAUGAGCCACUUUACUUGACUUGCCCCACAGGCCUAAGGCUGCCAGCCCUCCCCUGGAGGUGACCCAUUUAUUAACUAACAAAAAUUUUAAUUAUUCCAAGCUUUCAUCAAACAUAUCCAAUUAAAAGGUCCACAAAAAUUACUCAGACCACUUAAUCUCAAUGAAAUGGUCUUGUUGCAAGGAUACUUUAGUUUUAGUUGUUUUAGAACUGCAAUGUUUACAUAGCCUGGUUAAAUCCACUUCUAAUGGCUGUCUUCCCAAAUAAAAUUUGGUCAUUUGACGGAGAAGCUCAUAGAAGCAAACUAUUUAUUUUUAAAUCAAGUUGACAAAUAAACAGCUCUUCAGCUGUUUUGAAGCAACCUCUCACAUAAUGCUUUGUAUCAUUGGUAGUCACGGUAGAUAGAAAACUACCCACUGACAACCCUAAUCUAAAUUAUACUUCAGUCAAUUAUUAUCGUUAGCAUUAGUAAAUGGGGGCAAACAUUCAUGCAAUUCUUCCACCCUUCCUAAGUAGAAUGGUGUCCCCAGCUGUUCCCACCUCCUAUACCACCAGCACUAUAUUUAGUAUACCGCAAUACACAAAUAAAGUGACUCAAUCCUAAUUUUCCUACAGAGCACCACAAUUAUGUAAUAACCUCAUGGACACAGUCAAAUCUUCAUUCACACUAAAAUAUUUUAAGAGAUCUAUGACAACAUUUCUCAAUACAGAAUGCACCUGUAAUCACAGUUUACUACAUUUCUUACCUUUUCUCUGUUAAAUUGAUAUAUGUGGGUAUGUAUGUAUAUUUAUAUAUAUAUAUAUAUAUGUUGUAUUUAUUUAUUUUUGUAAUAUUAUAUUGUAACCAUGCAGUGUUUGUGGGCCCGGGUCAUACUUGAAUCAAGAGAAAUCUCAAUCUAUCCUUCUUGGUAAAAUAUUUUAUAAAUAAAUUAAAAUUAUUCCUCUGUGUCACCUAACCAUAAUUAUUCCCUCAUCUAUCUUUAUUUAGCUGAGUUUAUCUAGGGGACAGCCAGUCUGAAUUCCUCCACUAGGAAGGUUUGUCUACCUUUUAUUUCAAAAUUACCAGUUUAUACCAAGAUGUGGCACCCUUAUAAUCCAUUUUUCUUUUGGAAUGCCAGAACCAGCUGCUAGUGGUGGUUGAUUUUUAGCACUGCAUUCACUAUAUUGUAAUGCUUAAGUGGUAUCUGUGUGACCUAUAUCAAUUUCAGUGACCUACUGUGGUCAAUAUUUUUACUACAUAGAUAGAUCAGUGGAUUAUUGGAGACUGUUUGGUUGAACCCUAGUGGCAACAAUCUGGAUUGGAAUUUGGCUACAUGGAUUCUAUUUAUAAAAUGUCUAUCUAUUUGGAUAACUAUUUGGUAUAUAUAAUCACUAUAUAAUUUGAUCAUUUAUAACCACCUUACCACCUUACUUAUAGGUUGGGUCUCUUUACCUAUAAGUAGCCUAUAUAGCCUCUUAGUAGGUUGGGUCUUACUAGUUCUGAUAGACCCAAACUCUUGUGAAUAAACAUUUAAAUAGGCUGGGUGUCUUUAUUUAUAAUCACCUCUUUGUAGUGUGGGUCCUAUGAGUUCAGAUAGAACUGACUUCUUGUACAGACACACUUAACGUUAGAGAACUUCCCUCAGAAUAAAUACUUGAAGGACCUGGUAGCAGUGCUCCCUGUACCCCGGCUGGGUACCUCCGCCAAGGACCACUUCCCAGCUGAAACAGGGGAAAACCUCAGAGGACUUUCCUUGCCGAAUCCUCCACAAGCUGGAACAAGGUGCUGAGUAGUGAAUAGCCCUUCCCCUUCCAGUAACUAGAGACACAUAGUUCUGGGAGUACAACUGAUUUUAAUGAGCCAAACUAGGCCUUUUAUGCACAGACCCCAGCACAAGCCAAACUAGGCCUUUUAUGCACAAGCCCCUCCUAGGAAUAUCUGGGUCUGGGAGAUAAUUGCGUUAAAGACAGGUAAGCUAAUUAUCUUCCAGGAACAGAAAGCAAAAUACAAAAAUAUAAAAACAUAAAAGUACUCAAAAACAUAAUAAAAACAUUUAAAUUAACCUUACAAAUAAUAUAUCUUUAAAUUGCCCUAAUCUGAGCCCCCAAGUUCUCCAAAUAGCACUCAGACCACCGUGUUAAAGUUCUGACUAGCCGCACACAUGGUCCUAUGCCCAAAAUAGUUCCAGGGUGCUUUUGCCUGUCAACUUUCAGGAGCUCCUGCAGCCGUAAUACGGGGUGGUCCACUUGGCCUUUACGUAGCUUUUGUUCCCCUUAGUCUCAGGCACCUUCCCUCCAGUGGUUCAAAACCACAAACCAAGUUAUCCUGGAACUGCACGGUCACCUCAUGCCAAAAAACGUUCCAUAACAUUCACAACUUUGUCCUGCUGAGGUGACUGGGAACCCACAAAGUCCUCAUGCAGAAAUUAGUUCCAUAGUGGUUGCAGGUAAGUACCGCUGAGGGCUAUUCAUGGGUUUGGUUCAAGUGAACGGCUGCCAGAGAGCUUGCAUUUGGUGCCGAACCAGAGGCACCCAGGGAAAGCUAUUAAUGGCGGCUGGGCAGGGUAACUCCCAAACAGUGACUCAGACAUGGACCAUAGUCGGUGGGUAGGAGGCCGGCUUCCACACUCCUCCAGCGUUUGUCACAGGCCUCAUUUUCCAUAGUUUGUUUUCUUUGAAAAUAAUUACAACUUCUCAAAACCAAUACAAUGUGUAUCCAAUGGGUUAACACCUGUUUAAAAUAUUCGAUUAUUAAAGGUUAACCACAUUUUCAUUGUAUCUUUUUGUUCUUGAGGAGGGCUGACCACUUUUGACGUUACAGGAAUGUUAAUGAGUAUUUUGUCAAAUUGUAGGCUUGUGCACAAAUGCUAGAAAUUAAUCAAAUGCCUUUUAAAUUGUUAAUUGAAUAAGCCUUCACAGGUAACUCACAGAUGAAUUGAUUUGUUUGGAUGGAGAUUAAAAUACAUUUUCAAGCAACUGCAACUCAUUUGUGUACAAGUCUAAUAAAUAGUAUUCAGUAAUUAUUAAAUGUUUGUAAUAAACUAAUUUGCAAUGUCAAAUGUCAAUUUGCACAAUUUUAACGUUUGGCUGUGGGUUAUGAAAAAGGCCACACCCAUGUGUUAACUCUGCUCUAACAUGUAAUGCUAUUAUAGAAGGUUUAUAUUCACUGGUCUUUUAUGCCAGCAAAUGUCUCUGGGAUGUGAGCUUUCAUCUACUAAGCAUCAAUUUAUACACUUUAUUAACCCUUUAAGGACACAUGACAUGUGUGACAUGUCAUGAUUCCCUUUUAUUCCAGAAGUUUGGUCCUUAAGGGGUUAAAGCCAUUCUUUUGGUUAGGAAAGCUUAAAUGUCACGUUCUAGGAUUUUUAAUCCCUCUAGGACCAAUGAUUUUUUGAGAUUCACAUGAUUAUUCAUUAAUGUGAGAAUUUAAAGUGAUUUAAUUUCCAAUUCUGCUAUUUUGGCCUUAUUUGAAAUUUACGAUGAAUUUACAAUGAACUUUCACCUUAAUUAAAAAAAAAAAAAUUCUGUCAUUGAGUUACUGACCAAGGCCUUUUGGUACUUAUACUAUCAGGGUUAUUUACUGACAAUUUAAAGUGAAUUUCAAAUUUAAGGCCACAGCAGCUAAACUGAAAGAAUAGCUGACUUAAAGAAUGAUUUCAGUUCAGUUAUUUUGAUCGUAAAUUUGAAAUUCACUUUGAAUUCUCACUUUAGUGAAAAACCCAUCAAAAAAUGGGAACAAUGUAAAAAAAAAAAAAGAAAAAAAAAGAAAUAGAAAAUAGCUAAAGAAAUAGAAAUUAAAUCAUUUAUUAAUCCUGAUUCUUAAAAUGCAAUCUUUUGUAUGCUGACAACAACUUCAAUAGUAGUUAAAAAAUACAAAACUACUUCACAAAUGUGUACAUUACUUAAAAGUAAACCCCACAUGGUGUUUACGUUUUGACACUUAAUUUAACCAUUUGAUCACCAACCUCUUCCAAAUCUGCCAUUAAAUUAUUAUUUUUUGUAUUUUUAAUACACAUGGUUUAUUCUCAUGAGAAAUCUUCCAAUACUGUAAAGACUCCCUAUUUGUAUUCUGAUAGUGCCUCCAAUUACAACAAUACCAACAGGUAUACCUUUAUCAUCUGUGUGAUGGAUUUAUAUGUAGUGAAAUAACAGGAAUGCCAUAAUUUUUAAAUGCAUCUUUUCUUAUAAAAAAAGGGGUUAUAUCUACUAAAGGUCUAAAAAGUUACAUAUUAAUAUUAUUAUUACUGGCAUUUAUAUAGCGCCAGCGUAUUCCGUAGUGCUUUACAAUAUUAUCAAAGGGGGAGAUUUAACAAUAAAUGAGACGAUUACAAAAACUUACAGGAACAAUAGGUUGAAGAGGGCCCUGCUCAGACAAGCUUACAGUCUAUAGAUAGUAGAUAUCCCACUACACGUCCAGAGCUAUUAAAACAAAAUAAUUAUCCACUAUACAUGUCUGAUUCUAAUAAUAGGAACACAUAAUAAAUAAAUCAAACCAAUAGGAAAUAAAUAGCAAAAUGUUGCAAGCACUAUUUCACUGGUAAAUAUGAAAUAUUAGAUUAUGCAACACAACUGCACUACUCUCUAGGGCUCUCAAAUAUUUUAAGCACCGAAUAAUACUUAAAGAAUAUAAAAUUAUUAUAAUUAUGUUAUUAUUUAUAUAGCGCCAACAAAUUCUGCAGCGCUUUACAGUGGGUGGACGAACAAACAUGCAGUUGUAACCAGACAAGUUGGACACACAGGAACAGAGGGCCCUCAGUGAGCUUACAUGCUAGAGGGAGUGGGGUAAAAUGACACAAAAAGGUAAGGAUAGUAUUAGACUAAUGACAGUUGCAAGAGAGAAAUUAGUCGGGAGCGAUUAACAGUUUAAUUGAUACGCUUUUAUAGAUGGCUACUAGAUGUGCUACUAGAUGUGCUUCCGGGGGCAGUGCUGCACAUUUAGUGUCUCCACCCUAUUGUCAGGGCUGUGUUUGGCUUGUCCUGGCUUUGCCCCUGAUUUGCCUCCAUGACAAGCUCAGUCAACCCAAUGCCAACAUCGUGAUUGGCUCUGGUCAUAACUUAUGAUGAUGUCAGCCAAGUAGGCAGAUCAGGGGCAGAUCUGCCUACUUAGCCAGUCAAUGUAAUGACAGGAAUGAAUAAGUAGAUAACUCCCUAAUUCCCAUGGUAUUAGGGAGCUAUCUACUAAAAGGCGGAAAGACCUAAAUUGGUCUUUCAGCCAAAUUUACUAAUACUAAGUAAAUAUUACUUAGUAUUAGUAAAUUAUGCCCCUACUCACGGUACAGUGAGCAGCCUGUGGCUGCUCAAUUAAAAAAAACAACAACAAAAAAAGGUCCCCCCCUCCGAGCCCCCACCCUUGCCACGCGAGUGGGGGCUUCUAAUCUGAAGGGGGGACCUAUUGCCCCCCCCCGGCCCCCACCCCUGAAGGGUGGGUGGGAGCCCUAAAGUAAAAUAAGGGGGGACCUAUUGUCCUCCCCCGGCCCCCACCCAUGAGCGGUGGUUGGGGGCCCUAAAUUAGAAUAAGGGGAGACCUAUUGUCCUUCCCCCCCGGCCCCCACCCCCGAGCGGCGGGUGGGGGCCCUAAAGUAAAAUAAUGGGGAGGGACCUAUUGUCCUCCCCCCGGCCCCCACCCCUGAGCUGCGGGUGGUGGGCCCUAAAUCACCUAAUGUCCUCCCCCCUGGCCUCCAUCUCUGAGCGGCGGGUGGGGGCCUUAAAUUAGAAUAAGGGAGGGGGACCUAAUGUCCUCUCCCCUGCCCCCCACCCCUGAGCGGCGGGUGGGGGCACUAAAUACUAAUAAGGGGGGGACCUAAUGUCCUCCCCCUGGCCCCCACCCCUGAGCGGUGGAUGGGAGCCCAAAAUACUAAUAACAGGGGGGACCUAAUGUGGGUGGGGGCCCUAAAUACUAAUAACGGGGGGACCUAAUGUCCUACCUCCUGGCCCCCACCCCUGAGCGGUGGGUGGGGGCCCUAAAUUAGAAUAAGGUGGGGGACCUAUUGUCCUCCCCCCAGCCCCCACCCCUGAGUGGCGGAUGGGGGCCCUAAAUCAGAAUAAGGGGAGGCCAUAAUGUCCUCCCCCCUGGCCCCCACCCCACGAGCGGCGGAUGGGGGCCCUAAAUCAGAAUAAGGGGAGGCCAUAAUGUCCUCCCCCCCGGCCCCCACCCCUGAGCGGCGGAUGGGGGCCCUAAAUUAGAAUAAUGUCCUCCCUGCUGGCCCCCACCACUGAGCGGUGGGUGGGGCCCCUAAAUACUAAUAAGUAGGGGACCUAAUGUUCUCCCCCUGGCCCCCACCCCUGAGCGGUGGGUGGGGGCCCUAAAUUAGAAUAGGGGAGGACCUAAUGUCCUCCCCCCUGGCUCCCACCCCUGAGCAAUGGGUGGGGGCCCUAAAUGCUAAUGGAGGGACCUAAAGUCCUCCCCCCUGGCCCCCACCCCUGAGCGGUGGCUGGGGGCCCUAAAUUAGAAUAGGGGGGGGCCUAAUGUCCUCCCCCUGUCUCCCACCCCUGAGCAAUGGGUGGGGGCCCUAAAUGCUAAUGGAGGGACCUAAAGUCCUCCCCCCUGGCCCCCACCCCUGAGCGGUGGCUGGGGGCCCUAAAUACCAAUAAGGGGGGACCUAUUGUCCUCCUCCCUGGCUCCCACCCGAGCGACGGGUGGGGGCCCUAAAUAAAAAUGUAACCCACCCCCAGGUGACUAGGGGUUCCCAAACCCCUAGUCACACCUUCCCCCCAAAAAAAACUAACUCCUACCUACCCUCCUCACCCUAAAAAUAAUGAGGGGGACCCAUUAACUAAGUACCUGUAAAAAAAAACAAAAUAAAAUUUACCAUUUGAUGUUUUCGUUCUUCUAAAAUCUUCUUUUCUCAGCCCCAAAAAAGGCCAAAUAAAAAUCCAUAAUAACCAACGCACUUAAAAAAUAAAUACAAAAUGCUUUCCUUUGGGGAUUCCGGCAACGCUGGAGGUCCUCGUGCAUAGCAUGAGGACGUCCAGCAUCAUUUAGAUGACCAAAAGUUGUCUAAGAACCCAUAAGCCCCUCUAGUAGCUGUCUGGUAGACAGCCACUAGAGGAGGACUUAACCCUGCAAAGUGAUUAUUGUAGUUUAUAAAAAAGAUUAAGGGUGAUGUUAGUUGGCACCCGGACCUCUUCAGUGGGCUAAAGUGGUCUGGGUGCCUACAGUGUCCCUUUAAGCUCACCGCUUGACAGCUUCUGGUGCCAUGGCACUAGGAGCUUCAGGAGUUACAAAACGCAUAAUUUGUUCAACAAAUUAAUUUCCAAUAAAUUAAUUUGAUCUACAGUUAUCUAAAUCAAGUAUGCACAAUUGCUGGCAUCAAGGGGUUAAUACUAACCCUAACAACAAUCCUAGCCCUACACAGACACUAACCAAACAUUACCCUAACAUUGACUCUAACACAAGCUCUAACACCACCUCACUCUACAAACUACUGACCAUAAUGCUCAUGCAGAGAUAUACCCCAACUGAUGUCACUGUUGACAUCAGCAGAAGGGUUUCCCAAAUUACAAAGUACUUUAGGAGAGAGAGAGACCUAUCUCUUAUUCUCCAGAUUCAUGCUGUCUUUACCAGUUACACGGUGAUCAUUAUUGUGCAGCAUGUACAGCCCAGCUCUGAUCACUUUUGAAAGGGAGGCAUGCAGAGUGUCCCCAACAUCCUGUAGUUCUCCAUAUCUCCAGGAAAUCUUGAGAUGACCAUACAUUAACACAGCAUACCAUUCAUUUCAACUGCUGCUAUAGAUGCGGAUAAAAUACUAAGAAGGGUAAACAUGGUAGACCAUUUAUUAGAAAAUACGCUUUUUAAACAAUCCUUUAAAAAAUAUAUAAAUAAAGCUCAUACUUGCUAUUAUAUUACCACACAGAUGUAUUGGCAUGUAUUCUUAUCCAAUUUGUAAAAGUGUAGAUCAUAAUAAAGUGAGCAGAGAAUCUUUUAAGUAAUGUAUUUAAUGAAGGUAUGUCAAAUAUUAAAUUCAAUUGUGUUUGAAGUGCCAUAAAACAGUUAAAGUGGGAAAUCAUUGUCUGUUUUGCCAUCCUCUUGCCAUAACUAAGUGUCUUUUAUGGGGCAUAGCUUACUUUUCAGUGGAAUAAGUUGUGCCCAAUAAAACCUGUAAAUCUAUUGUUUCAUUUUGCAGCCAUAUUACAGGUAAAAAGGCAUAAGCACAUUAAAAAAAUAGCACAUUUAUCCUGGAAGAUUUAACAACUGGGUAGGUCUGUUCUAAAGACUUGCACAUGCAAAAAAAACACACUAAAUGCUCCUGAAUGAUUUAAUGGCAAUAUUAUCUAAUCACCAUACAGCUGCCCUGGUAAACUUUCACGGGUUACUCCAAGGGUUUACCAUCAUGACAACAUUGACUUGAAGUGAUUAUGGUGCUUAGAGCUUGUAUCCACAGUGUUUCGCUGUGAAAUGCUGCGCAUACAGAGUUUAACCCAUUUUUUGUGUAACCUCGAGCAGCAUCAUUGGGACAUCAUUAGUAAACACAGAAUAAGUCAGAUGCACAUCACUUUGUUGCUCGGUGGAACCCAGUGAAGAGGUCACGUCACUGAAAAUGGUUUGCCCCAUUACCAGGGAACAGUGCCAGUGGUCUCUAGUAGCUAUGAUGCAUGCAGUAACACUUCAACACAAACUCCCAAUGACCUCAUGCUUAGUGCUCAGAGACGAAAGAUUAUUUUAGCAAAAACAUAAAAAACACAAAAAUAACCUUUAUUUGGAACAGCAAAGAGGCAUCAUUUUCUUCUGGUGAUGGAGGGAUUUCUCAAGUAGCAGGGAGGCUAUGGUUGGGCCUGCGAUAUAAACUCUUUGUAGAAUGUGAGUACACUGGGGUCAAAGUGUCUAAGGUUGCAGUGCUGGAAGUGGAUUUUUUUCCUGGUACAACUACCAAGGUCUGCAGCCUGAGUUCUUAAACAUGAUUUGAUGACUCAAUUGGUGACAUAUGUCAUUUUGUCCUCUCUUCUCACUAGGUCACCAACAAGUCUAUGGGUGGCCAGUAGGGGUGCCAGUAUUGUGUUAACAUUUUUACUUUGACUUGCACAGCUUUGAUCAUAAUUACAUCUACCUCUCAAAUAAUAACAUAGUAAACUUAGUUACAUUAGUGCACAUAGCAAUAAAACUGUGUAUCACAGGUUUUAUUGAUUCAACUAGCAUGGAGCUCAUUUACUUGCAAUAUAAAUUCCACCACCAAGGGGCACUACAGUAUAUAUUUGUACUAUGAUAGUGUAUUUUGAACAAAACAUUUACCUUGCCACCAUAACUGUUUGUAAACCUUUUUCAAAGCUAUCUUAUCUGCAUAUUUACGGAAUGUACAAAUAUAGAUGAAUUUCUUUAGAUACAUUUUAAGCUUGUGGUUAAUUUGAUAGAUCCCAGGUACUAUGUCCAAAUGUGGAGUUAGGUUAUUUGGCAGCCAAGGUGUGUGUUGGUACUCGUUCUCCAGAAAUAUUUACAUUGUUUGAUGGGUUGCUACACCUAAGAUUGUGCUUCUCCACACACUGCAUUACCCUUUGACAGUAACAUGCAUAUAAAUAGAUAUGUGUUUUUUCCAAAGUAUUUAACCCCUUCACUACCAAGCAGUAGUAAAAUCACCCCAGAAUCUGAGUAUUUUGGGUGUCCUGGAAAGUAAUGUUUAAAUGAAGCCCAUGGAGAAAGCACAGCUUAGGGAAUAGGGCCCUGACAGGUCUAGGAGGUGGGCUAGGGGCCGAAGCAAUAGUGGGGAUUGGUGGGCUAGUGUUUGGGGGUUAAACAAUAUAAAGGGUUGGCCACUUUGGAUCCCUCAUUCUAAUGUCUUACCUUGCAGAGUUGGUCCCUUCUUCCAUUUUAUAGUCUUUUUUUCCCCUGUUUGGUCAUGGCGGCUGUGUGGGGUAAGGAAUAUUAAGGGACAAAUGGGCCUUAGCUAAUAUAGGAGUAAGGGCAGUUAGUUGAUUGGUUAAAAGGGUAAACUGUUUGUACAAGUUUUGGUAGGUUUCGAGUCCGUUGGUGGCUCAGAACCUCGGUGGUGCAGUGUUAUAUGGGUAUACCCCUACCAGGUGAAAUUGAUGAAUGUUGGCACUUUAUAUGUUAUAUUUAUAUGGUUGUUAUAUAUUGUGAAUUAUGCUAUGUUGUGGGUGAUUGCCUUGAUUUACAUAUGGGAGAGAUGAUAUCAUGUUGGGGGUGUGGCGGGUAAUGACCUUUAUAUAAUUGUAUAUCAUAAGUUAUUAUUAUUAUCUUUAUUAUCAUUAAAGCUGUGACAAUUAUGACCCAUACCUAAAAGUGUCGGUGUCUUAUUGGGUGGGUUUGAGUUUAGGUUCAAGGGAUCCCUACCCUGCCCAUAUGGCGACUAUGCACCUAUCAUAUAUUUUUCGUUUCAGUAUGCCUAGAUGGCACGUUAUUUAAUGGCAACAAAAACAAAAAUUUUGUCUGGAGAAAAAAAAAUUAACAAAAAAAUUAUUUACUAAUUAAUGAGGUUACAGAUAGGAAUACAUUGUGGUAAAUAAACAGCAUUUCUCAAUCUCACUUCUCUAUAAUAUUCUGAACUAUACAUUGUCCAAUAUGCACUCAGUUCUCUUGUGUCUGUGUGUGUGUGUGUGUAUCCCUAAGUAUAUCGUAUAUGAUGUCAAAUUACAUAACAUUACCCAUACCAUAUCACCCUCACAUUGCAGCUAUGUUGUAAUUUUGGAAACAAAUGCAAAUUAACAUAUAUACACUAGAAACAUGCAUACACAUACACACUCUGAUAAACACACAUACACACACACACACACACACACACACAAACCCACCGAGGUAUAGAGAGACUACAAAAUUAAUAAAAGGAAUGGAACAAAUCAGCUAUGAAGAAAUGUUAACAAAUUUAAACCUAUUUAGUUUAGAAAAACGUCUCCUGAGAGGAGAUAUGAUAACAUUAUACAAAUAUAUUCGGGGGCCAAUACAAACCAUUGUGUGGAAAUCUAUUCACAAACCAGACUUUACAUAGGACACGACGUCAUGCGUUUAGAUGGGAAGAAAGAAGAUUUCAUCUAAGGCAAAGGAAAGGUUUUUUUUACUGUAAGAACAAUAAGGAUGUGGAAUUCGCUGCCUGAAGAAGUGGUCCAUACAGAUGUUUAAACAGCUACUAGAUGCAUACUUGCAAAAACAGAAUAUUCAAGUAUAUAAUCUUUCAAUGUGGGGUAAUAAGUGCUUGAUCCAAAGAUAAAUCUGACUGCCAUUCUGGGGUCAAGAAGGAAUUUUUUUCCUAGCUUGUUGCAAAAUUGGAAGUGCUUCAAACUGGGUUUUUUGCCUUCUUUUGGAUCAACAGCAAAAAACAAAUGUGAGGAAGGCUGAACUUUAUGGACGCAAGUCUCUUUUCAGCUAUGUAACUAUGUAACUAUGUAACAAUGACACACAUAUACACACUCACAUACAUUGGCAGAUGCAGUCACACAAUCACAGUGUGUGUAUGUCAGGGUGUAUUGUUACCUGUGUGCAUGUCUGGUGUGUAUGUGCCUGAGAGAUGUGUCUGGCAGUGAGUAUACUUGUGCAUCUGUAAAUGUAUAUUUGUGUGGAUGUGUAUGCAUCACUGUGCCUGCAAUGCACAGUGUCUGUGUAUCUCUGUGUCUUUGAGCAUAUGUGUGGAGGGAGCUGAAUGUGCUGUAUGUUGUGUAUGGGGUGAGCUGCAUGUGGUCUUGCUGUGUGCAUUAUGGUUACGAUGGGGCUGUGUUUUGAGUUGUGAUUGUGUGAGUAUAAGGGUUACUGCCUGUGUAUUGGUGCAUGUGUGUUUAUGGGUUACUGGGUGGUUGUGACAGAUUGAGUUUGACAGAGUGACUUAAUUUGUAAUGAUUGUAAUCAUGUAUACACAAUUGUGAUGUGUGGCUGCAGACCCUUGGAAUCGUGAAUACACAAUUGCCGAAUUGAAGUGGUAAAUUUUUAAGUAUACAGAAAUGUAUGUUACAGAAAUAGAAAUACAGGUAACACAAUUAUUACAUAAAAACAGGUAAAUAUGAACACUUGAAUAUAUUUGAGAACAGAGUAUACUAUAUUUAAAUUACUAGCAUACGCUGAACUAUAAUAGAAUAGAUUUAAAAUAUUAGCAAUAGUAUUUUUUUUAGAAACCCUUCAAUUUUGAGAACCACACUUAGCUGACUCUACAUGUCUCAAUUUUCUGCUAGCAUACAGGGCAGUGAAAACAGAAAAGAAAGACAUUUCAAGAAAAGCAGUACGAUAAAUAAUAUAAAUAAAUAAAUAAAAAAUAGCAGAUUAUCACAGAUCUUACAGUAGGGGCGCAACAAAAGGUAGAGUGCUAGGAAGUUUAAGUAUAGAAGAGAACAUAUGGGAGAGAAGACAAGGGAAAGGUGAAGAGAUAGCAAUUAUGAAAACUGAAUGCAAAUACGAAAAAAACAACAAUAAUUGAUAUAAACAAAUAAAGGCAGAAAGAGAGUCACGAAUCUUCAAAUUCCGUUGACCAGGUUUCCAUAUUUUUUAAAUGGGGUGACAGAAUCGUGUAUUACAGUUAUGCAUUUUAUGCUAUAAUUGUAUUUGAUUUUACACACAGGGUGUAGUUUGCUUGGAGGUAGCCUUUUCAAAAACGUCAUAAUAUAAAUUAUAGCAACUGUACAAUUUCUAGGUGUCAGUUUCAGGGUAUUAUAGGGAAUAAUUGAGUUGCUUUAAUGUUUAGCAAGCUAAGCAGAGAAUUGGCACAAUACCGACUCUCGUAAGAGAGCGGAUGAUGCCAAAGACUUUAUUUAAGAGUACCAACAAUUAGUGUUAUUGGGUAACCAUGAGGAUAACGGAUCCUUAACCACAGUUUUAGAUAAAAAGAGUUGUAGGAGGUUACUAUACCUUGUUCCAUAUCACUUGGUCUGACUGUGGCAGAACUAUAAGUGGGAGAUCCCAAAACACUGGCUUUCUUCAUGCAUAUAUUUUGAAGUAGAAAAAUAGAUUUAAAAAACUGUCAAGACCAAGCACAUACCUCAUAUGGAAUAAAACCUAUAUCUCCUCACAUCAGUAAUGCUGUACUUUUUUUUUGCUUUGCAGAGGUGUUGCUGGAAGCAGAAUAUUUCAGUGUUGACCCUUACAUGAGGUACAUAUGUAACUUAUAUUAAUGUACAUAAAUAGUAGAUGAUAUUGAUAUAACAAAAAAAAGGCAAUUGUGAGCCCUAGAAAAAAUAUACAGUAUUUGGUCACCCUUUAGUAGACAUGAAAGCAUAUUUUCAUAUCACUGCGUUUGCACCCUGAAUCUCCCCUCUACCUCCCAUAAUGUUUUUCGUUCUCCUCCUCGCCCUGCUAGGCUUAUUUAUUAUUUAUAUAGUGCCAUCAAAUUCCGCAAAAUGAAAUACAAAAUAAAUAAAUAAAACCCUCUUGCAAUACCCUUGGGGCCUGCUUGAAAUGUUUUUUUGCAAUAUAUCACUGGAGCUUUGCUUAUGUUGGUGAAGGUAAUGUGUCUCAAUUCUUAAUCACUGGCUGUGGCAAAGAGUAAAGUAGGAUGUAGUUUCUCUCUACAGCCAGCAAAGGGUAUGCACCAAGCUCCUAACUGUCAUAAUUUGAAUACAAUAAUAUUAAAAUAAUAUUUAUAUUAAUACGAUUUAUGGGAUUGAGACAGGUCAACAGGCCCUUUAGUGACAUCAUGCCCAUAAUGCCCAUAAUCAUCGGGCCACCCAAGAAAGGGAUGUGUCAGCCAUGCCAGGCUGACAGGCUCUCACCUGGCCUUCUACGUAUAGGAUCAUGCAGAGAGUGCUCCUGACGUGUUCUCUUCAUGAUCCUGUGCCCAUGGUACAAAGCAAGAGUGUUUUAUAAUGCUCUGGCAAUGUUUUGCACUGGAGCAGUCCCCUGGUGUCCUCAGAUGUGGCAUGACAGGACCCUAAAAUAGGCAGGACAGUUGUGAGGCUUGCAGCAGCCCACAUCCCUCUCUAUAGUAUUGGUCUGGCAAGAGAUGUCCCCUUGUCCUCAUUGUCAGCCCUUCCCUACAUGCAGUGAUGAUGGGAUUCUGUAAAACCGGACCAAAAAUGGAAGAUUAAUAUAAACAAACUAUUGAGUUUAAAAAAAAAAUGUAUUGAUGCACAAAAUAACAACAGUAAAAUCACCAUAAAGAUAACAAGUUUUUUCCCACUUUCAUUUUCAACUCCCACAUAUUUUCUUCCCUCAAAUUUUUUUUUACUUUUUUCUUCCAACACAAUCCAGAUAAUAAUCAACUCAAAUCCCACUUCUCCAAAAUAAAUGCAGUGUUUGAAAUGAUGUUGCUUGGCUUGUAAUGACCCAAGUUAGCUACCUGCACUAGUAUAUCAAAAUCUAACAAUAUUAGGCUAUUGUAUCUCACACUUUAUCGAAAUCUACACUAGUCAUAGAAAUACAUUGUUCUCAAUAGUGAGAAACAUACAGCGUUUAAAGUAGUUUAACAUUGAAUUUAUUUUCUUAGACCUUACAGCAAAAGGAUGAUGAAAGAAGGCGACAUCAUGAUGGGAACACAGGUUGCCAGGUAAACAUUGACUUUUUUGGUUACCUUCUUUCUAUUAUUUCUAUCAUUUCUAUAUUUGAAAUAGGUAGUUUAUAUAUGUAGGGCCUCUUUGACCUGAUUACAUCAGUAGCUGAAACAGAUUGGUAAUUAAAUAUACCACCACACAUCCAUCUAAACUCUGUGAAAAGUGCACUGAUUGCUUCUCUCAGUUAGUGAAAUUGUUGGGAAAUGAAUUAGUCCUCAUUUGAUGGAUGAAAUCCAGAUGCAAAUGCUUCAAAUCCUACCCUGCAUGCUUCAAAUCCAAGUAUGAAUUUAAAAAAAAUUCCAAACUAGUUAAAAACCCUUGGUGGCACAAGGAUUAAUUGUGUGGCACCUAGCCAGUACUUGUUAGCCAGCCAUCACAAAAAGCACUGUUACUGAUUUAAAAUAGGACUUUCUCCACUGUGAGAUCUGUGCUGAGCCCUCGCAUGGCAAAUACGGAUUAUUUUUAUUGGUUCAUUUUUUCUACCUUUUUUUUUCUUUCUAAUCAGGGCUUUAAAAAAAAAAAUAAUAAUAAUUUUCAUUAGUUGCAUUAGGAAUUAUAGAUUUUAAUUUGUCUUUUUCUGUGGCUGAAGAAGAGAAGAGUCAAAAGAAGACUUAUGAUGGUAAGUAUCAUUGUUUAGUUUACAGGUAUUAGAGUUAUUUAAUAUUUUUUUUAAAGUUAUUUAAUUAUUAAAGGGGUUAGUGGCCAUACUGUUAUUUUGGCAACAGACAAUGGCAUAUUCAACACCCUUUUGUAUAAUUAUUUAUAGUUUAUGGGUGAGAGCUGGGGGGGUCACUAUUACCCCUUCAGUUUUAUAGUUAGGGCUUCCACCCACCAUGCAUGGGUGGUGUCCAGAGGACAUAUUAGGAUCUCCCUCCUUGAAUAUUAAAAUUAGAGUCCCCUCAAGGGUUUUUACCUAUUCUACCGCUGAAUGCUAGCUCUACCAGCAUGCAAAUUGUUCCUCAAAUUGUCAAUUAAUGUGAAAAAACACAAGUGAAUGAUAAUUAUAAAAAUGUGCAUCCCGCUGGAUGCAUUUGGUUCCACAUUUUAUUAAUAUUGGUUAUUUGUGAAUCUUUCAAAUCCUAUACUAUAUGUGUAUGGUUCAGGUGUGAAAGCAAUGACUUUAAUCCAGACACUGAAUGCAUUUAGCCAAUUGCAGCAUAUUUGCUUUGGUUGAGUGAAUUCCGUCUUUAGUAAGUAUGAUAUUUACAAGUAUGGGUUAAAUUUGGUCAUUUUUACAGUAUUCUAUCCAUCAGGACAAAAUCCAGUGUUACGUGGCUUACCCUGUCAGUGUGCAAAUCAUUUUCAAAGUCUGCAUACCUGAAUAUCACCCCAACUAUAUUUAUGUACAGUAUUCCUACUGCUGCUAGAUGAUGCUCAAAUCACUUAUUGUUCUAAUGUUAUUAUUAUUGUUAUAAUGCAUUUUUCAUUUCUGGGAGAUCUCGAGGCAUUUCUUGAUUUUGAUUUGGUGAUGAUUUCAAAUCAUGCUGAUAUCCAUGGAAUCCCUUUUAUACACCAGGACCUACAAAUUGCACUUGUGAUGCCCAACUCAGACACCACUACCUGGUUUUAUCUUUGACUACUGAUUUGUUUCUCCCCACCUCGUUCACUAUACCUGGUGGAUGAAAAGGAUGAGGUUUGAGUCUUCUUAGAGAGAAGAAGUGGGGUUGAAGUUUAGGGUAUAGGUGUGAUGGGAGAUAGUCUUUUGUGGCUUUGAAUCGUUCCAUUAUUAAAAGUUAUUUUUUAAUUUAAUAUAUUUGUUUUCAUGGCAGUACUUUUUCUUUUCUCAUUAUAUUUGUGGCUUUUUAAGUUCAGACAGUUCUUAAGCAGCAGCAAACUCCCUUGUCAGGGUUUCAUGCUGAGUUAACUACUCUUUUCCUCCUCAGGGUUUUAGAGAGUAAUAAUCCUGCAUUCCCAGUAGGCAGUUUUGCUGUGUCAAACGCUGGUUGGACAACUCAUUCUAUUUCCCAAGGUAAAGAUCUAACAGCACUGCUUUCCAACUGGCCUGAACACAUCCCAAAAUCACUGGCUCUUGGCACAAUAGGAAUGCCUGGGUAAGCAAUUUAUAUUUAUCAUGGAUACCAAUACUGGCUAGACAGAGUUGGCAAGUACUAAUAAAUCACAAAAUGUGAUGCAGUAGAUUCCAUUGUAUAAUUCCUCUAUGGUAUAUAGUCAAGUAAUGGUUUGGACUUGAAUAGUCCAGGUCUAUGACCGUUUUUGGAUGCAAUAAUAAAUACUCACGACAUAUUAGCCACCAUGGAGUACCUUAUGACUAAGAAACUCACAGUGAGCUUCCUCAGUUUUCCUCAGUGAGUUUUUCUUUUAAUUGCACGCACAUUUAGUAGUAACAGCCAGAUGCAACAAUUCUUCAUCUGGGCAAUAGUGAUUUCCCGAACGGUUCGCCGAACAGUUCGCCACGGAUGGCGAACAUACGCGCUGUUCGGUCCGCCCCUAUGUCAUCAUUGAGUAAACUUUGACCCUGUACCUCACAGUCAGCAGACACAUUCCAGCCAAUCAGCAGCAGACCCUCCCUCCCAGACCCUCCCACCUCCUGGACAGCAUCCAUUUUACAUUCAUUGUGAAGCUGCAUUCUUAGUGAGCUGUCCAGGAGGUUUGAGGGUCUGGGAGGGAGGGUCUGCUGCCGAUUGGCUGGAAUGUGUCUGCUGACUGUGAGGUACAGGGUCAAAGUUUACUCAAUGAUGAUGAAUAGGGGGCGGACCGAACAGCGCAUAUGUUCGCCGUCCGCAGCGAACCGUUCGGCGAACCUUUCGGUACAUCACUACUGGGCAAUGGUGAAAAGCCAUGAUCUACAUUAACAAAAUGCACCCAAGCUGAGCCCGAAUAGGACUGAACUUUAACUAAAUAAUGAUGUAUCUAAAACUUGGCUUUUGCUAAAAAUGUUGAAUUUUAAUAUUAGUGGAGGCCUGAAGUUAAUAUUCAGCUCAAUUCCCAACUUACAUUUCCCUUUAAUUUAUUCCCAGAAUCAAAGAUUCAGUCAUGGGGUGAACACAACUAAUAUGGGAGAUGUAGCAAACUUUAGAUUGUAAUUCCCUUCUCUGCAUCUAAGUUUAAUGACUGCUAUAGAUAUAGAUACUGAGUUUAAUGUGAACUGAUGUAAUUACUAAAAUCACGUAUUUCAGUUUAACUGCAUACUUUGGCCUCCGAGAGAUAUGCUGUGCCAAAAAAGGAGAAAUUGUUCUGGUCAAUGGAGCUGCUGGAGCUGUUGGAACAUUGGUUGGACAAAUUGCAAAAAUCAUGGUGAGUACUAUGUUUUUGCCAUAUGUAUUGAAGUUUUUUUUUUUUUAAUUAUUGCAAUUACAUAUUUUUUGUAUAUUUAAAAAAAACAAACAACAAAUAACAAAUUGAUGAAGAAUGUUCAAGUCUAUUCCAGGCCAUAGUACAAUGAUUAGCCACAACACUGACUGAGAGAUGAAGUGAACAACAUUGAUUAUAUAAUCACAAUGGCAGCUGUCAAGGUUUGGGAUAGAAAUACUAAACACAAUUAACAAGUAAAAAAGGCGUUAAGAAUAUUAUAACCACAAAAUGUAUACUAAAAGUGUCUAAGUGAAAAGGGCGGCUAACCGAAGCAACUGUGUAGGAUCACAGCGACUGAAGCUGAAGGCUGGAGGUGGUGUGGCACUUUAAUUGCUGCUUGGAUCGUUCUACUAGAUCAAGCAUGUGAAACUCAAAGUCUGGCAUGGGCCACAUAAACAAGGUUUAAGUUUAUGUGGGCCAAAAAAAAACCUUGCAUUUUCAUAGAAACGUAGGUUUAUUUUAAAAAGUACAGAAUAAAAAACCCCACAGCACCCCCUCUACUAAAUCCCAGCCCCCCCUCUACUAAACCACAGCACGCCCCUCUACCACCCUGUGCCAAAUCUGAUCCUCCCGCUGAUACACACAUAUUCACUGACAGACAGAAACACACAUAUAGACACACUGACACACACACAGACAGACACACACAUACUCACACACUGACACAGACAGACACACACACAUACUGACACACACACAGACAGACACACACACACACACACACAUACUAAUAGACAGACACACAAACAGGAACACACACUCACUGACAGACAGAUACACACAGACAGACAGACACACAUACACACACACAUACUCACAGACAGACACGCUAACAAACAGACACACACACUCACUGACAGACAGACAGACAUACACUCACACACACUCACACUCACUGACACACAUACUUGCUGACAGACAAACACACACACACACAUUCACUGACAGACAGACACAGACAGACACACACAUACUCACUGACAGCCAGACACACACUCACUAUCAGACAGAGACACACACACAUUGACAGACACUCACACACACACACACACACACUCACUGACAGACAGACAGACACACACACACACUCACAGAUAGACACACACACAUACUUGCUGACAGACACACUAACAGACACUCACACAUACACAUUCUUUUCUUUAUGGCUCCUUACCUUUUGGAGCCGAUGGGGGGCACCUCCCUGAGGUCCUUCCUGCUCCUCACUGCUCCCUUGCGCGGUUUAGUAUGCUGGGCACGGAAUAUGACGUCAUAUUCCGGUGCCCGGCUUCACUAUAGAUGGCGCGAGGGAGCAGUGAGGAGCUGAAACACUGAGUUCCCUCGCUGCCACCAGAGACCUUUCCUCCGGCCGGGUAUAUGAGCAGAGUAGACACUGUGGGGGCAGCAGGUGCCUACUCUGCUUGGAUCAUUAGGCAUGUACUUGCGGCUCGCUGGGCCGCAAAGAUGGUCCUUGUGGGCUGCAUGCGGCCCGCGGGCCACGAGUUUGACAUGCUUGUACUAGAUGGCUAUGUAGAAUUGUAACUAUUGAAGCCAGAUUAAAGGACCACUCAAGGCACCCAGACCACUUCAGCUUAAUGAAGUGGUCUGGGUGCCAGGUCCCUCUAGGAUUAACCCUUUUUUAAAAAUAAACAUAGCAGUUUCAGAGAAACUGCUAUGUUUAUAAUAGGGUUAAUCCAGCCUCCAAAUCCUCUAGUGGCUGUCUCAUUGACAGCCGCUAGAGGCGCUUGCGUGAUUCUCACUGUGAAAAUCACAGUGAGAACACGCAAACGUCCAUAGGAAAGCAUUAUGAAUGCUUUCCUAUGAGACCGGCUGAAUGCGCGCGCAGCUCUUGCCGCACGUGCGCAUUCAGCCGAAAUGGAGGAUAGGAGGUGGAGAGGAGGAGGAGAGCUCCCCGCCCGGCGCUGAAAUAAAGGUGAGUUUUAACCCUUUCCUCUCCCCAGAGCCGGGCAGGAGUGGGACCCUGAGGGUGGGGGCACCCUCAGGGCACUAUAGUGCCAGGAAAACAAGUAGGUUUUUUCCUGGCACCAUAGUGGUCCUUUAACAUUGGCAACUAUAAAAUUGUAUUCGCUGACAAAGUGGCUAAUAUACAAUAUAUACAAUUUGCUACUAACCAUUGUAAGAUGGACAGUAGUGAACCUAGGUUCUUUUAGGUGUAGUAUACUGCAAUAUUAAGUUAAUAGGAGGGAUAUGCAGAGUAUUGAAUCACACAAGGUACAAGUUGGAGAUACACUCUCUCUCUCUAUUGUUCCUUCGAGGGCACCCCUUUACCCACCAAACAAAAGAUCACCCUAUGUUAGUGAAGAGCAGACAACCCCAUCCCAAAAUAAUAAUAGAGAGUAAUAAGUGCAGUAUCCAAAUAUACAUACAGUAUCUCAAAGUAGCUAAGGGGUCAAUGAAAAAUCUAGACGGUAAAUAUUAACUCCUACGUUGCUGUACUAGGCUUCUGAUAUUCUUUGGUAGCCGACUGCAGUAGCAGUUAUAACUCAGGGAACUCCAGAUUACAGAAAAUAAGCGUAGGUGAACAUGGGUAAAAUUAUACUUGUCUAGUAUUUUGUUUGAGUAUCUGAUAUCAAUAGUUUGCUACCAGUCACCCUAGCAGCGCAAGAAUAAUGGUAUCUGUCUUAAAUACUCUUAGAAUGUCUGAUAGCACUGUUUUAAGAUUGCUUCUUAUCUAUGAUAUAUCCCUAGUAACCCUGACGCGCGUUUCACAAAUUAGGUCAUCAGAUCUAAUUUGCGAAACGCCCAUCAAGGUGACUAGGGAUAUAUUAUAGAGCUUUUGGUUGGUGGGUUAAGGGGUGCCCUCGAAGGCACAGUAGGGUGAGAGAGAGUAUCUCCAACUUGUACCACGUGUGAUUCAAUACUCUGUAUAUCCCUCCUAUUAACUUAGUAUUGCAGUAUACCACACCUAAUAGAACUAUUACGUUCACUACUAUCCAACUCACAAACCUGGGCUCCACAACGGUUAGUAGAAAAUGGUAUAUAUUGUAUAUUAGCUACUUUGUCAGCGAAUACAGAUAUAUAGUUGCCAAAGUUAAUGUUGCUGCAAUAGUUAACAUUCUACAAAGCCAUCUAGUAGAACGAUCCGAGCAGCAAUCAACUUCUCUUCAUACCCUUCCGCUUUGUCGUCAGUACCAAUUAGUAUAAUAUCCUCCUUACCAUAAUAUCUGGGAACUCUGACGUAUUAGUCUACACACUAAAGUACUCACUCUGCCUCCAAUAAUGCGGAUGUCCAUGCUGAUCAUUUCCAGUUUCUUCUGGAAUGACAUUUCUAGCUUCCACAGCAUCAAGUCCUGUUUAGAAGAUAGGUUGCGGAGGGCGUCUUUAAUCUCUGUAUCAGCUGUAAAGUGGGAGCCUUCUGAGCCGUCCAGGCUCGAUGGUGCAGAUCCAUCCUGUGAGAACUCCGGCACCAUAUUGAGGCCUACUGCGCCCAGGGCCGGAUUAAGAGCCCAGUGGGCCUGGUGCUGACAAAUAAGAGGGGCCUAAGUACAGAGUCUUAUCGACCAAAAACACUAAAACAGUCAUACCUCUCAAGCGUUAUGUAUCUGGUGGAGAUGUUGCCGGAUGGAAACUCAUAGGAUGCAGCUAUAAGAAAACUCAGUUUCUCUUAAAAUAUGCUAAUCUCUCUCUAAUUCAUGCUUUCACCUUUCAAGUAAAUCCAUACCCCCUAACAGCAGUGUAGCAGGAAGUCAAUGGGCAGUGUAAAAGGGUGGGCCACUGACGCGGAUCAUGUAACCGAACUUCCGAAAGGGACGAACAUGUGCAAAAAGGAGGUGUGUCUGCCCAAAGAAUUGGAAGGCUAGUCUGAAAUGAAUGCAUGUCAAGCUACCCGCCAAUCAUGCAUGCUGGCCAACAGCAUCCUGAGCUUGGCAUAAAUGCGUCUAAUGAUGCGUUCGCUCCAUGCUUUUUAAAGACGGUCCCCUAGCACUCACAUAUCCACUUGUCUCCUUACGUUCUUACUAGCAGGCAGAAGCUCCUAGUAUACAGUCUGAGACAGAGAAAAGGUGCCACAGUCUUAGAGACCAAAGUCAGCAUUACCUAACCUAAUUUCAUUUCAGCUAGUCCACACAAGUUUUGUUUCCAUAUAUCCCUGUUACGUUUCCAUACUUAAGCAAUAGUAUGUGAAGAGUAGUUAGGGUUGCCACCUUUCUUGGAAAAAAAUAGAGGCCUUACUAAUUUGCAAAUUAUGUAUGCGUGACUUGAUGUUACUCACACGGAAUGACAUAAGAGAAAAUUCUGUAAAAUCACCAAAAACUACUUUUUUUGGUGAUUUCAGUUUGAUUCUGAUGUUUCGAUGGAUUGCUCCCAGUGUCCCCUAUUGUCUGUGUCCCUAUGUCUCCCAGUGUCCCCAUGUCACUAGGGGACACUGUGAGACAUGGGGACACUGGGAGACUUGGGGACACAGACUAUGUAUUACAGUGUCCCUAUGUAUUACAGUGUCUCAGUGACCUAUGUUUCCCAGUGUCCCCAUGUUGCCCAGUGUCUGUGUUACCAUGUCUCCCAGUGUCGCAUGUCACUAGGGAACACAAGGACAUGGGGGCACUGGGAGACAUGGGGACACUAGGGACACUGGGAGACAUGGGGGCACAGACACCAGGGACACUGGCUGGGAGACAUGGGGACACAGAAACCAGGGACACUGGCUGGGAGACAUGGGGACACAGACACCAGGGACACUGGCUGGGAGACAUGGGGACACAGACACCAGGGACACUGGGAGAAAUGGGGACACUGAGACACCAGGGACACUGGCUGGGAGACAUGGGGACACUGAGACACCAGGGACACUGGCUGGGAGACAUGGGGACACUGAGACACCAAGGACACUGGCUGGGAGACAUGGGGACACUGAGACACUUGGGGACAUUGUGUCCCUAGUGUCUCAGUGUCCCCAUGUCUCCCAGUGUCCCCAAGUGUCUCAGUGUCCCCAUAUGUGUCUGUUUACCCAUGUCUCAGUGUCCUCAAGUGUCCCCAUGUGUGUCUGUGUCAUCAUGUCUCAGUGUCCCCAUGUGUGUCUGUCCCCGUGUCUCCAAGUGUCCCCAAGUGUCUUAGCAUCCCCAGAGGUCUCCCUGUCUCCCUAUGUCUCACAGUGUCCCCUAUUGUCUCAGUGUCCCCAUGUCUCCCUGCAGCCUCUACCCUAUCCCUCAUUUCCCUGAGCCGUAGGCUGUCUCUGCAGAUUGGGAGCUGCUGUCUGGACUUUCUGUGCUGUGUAGCUGCUCCCCCCCGGAUCAGUAGAGAGAUGCAGGUAGAUGCUUUAACUUCCUAUCCCUACCUCUCUCCACACACACACACACACAGCGUGCCAGUAUUGCAGAGUAAUCUCUGUAAUUUUUUACUAAGAAAAAUACCGGCAUUUGUAUUGCCGAUAUUACUAUUAUAUCAGCACAGGCCAGGCAGCCUCAAAUAAUUACUGGCUGGGUGGCAACCAUAAGGGUAGUGUGUAAAAAAAAAAAGUAAAGAAAAUAUUUUUUACAUUUUUUUUAUAGCAAUGGGCCUAUUCCAUGGGCCUGGGCCUGGAGCUGCAGCUCCAUCAGCCCCUAUGUUAAUCCGGCCCUGACUGCGCCCGGAACGGAGUCCACAUGAUCUUGGAAAAUUUUUGUUAAUGCCCCCGAUUUACCAACUGGGUGUUUGCCGGCAUGACUCUGGUUCGAGAGGGAGCAUUUAGAGUGUCCCAUUUUAGCCGUGGAUGCCCAAUGUAGUCAGAUUGUGUGCAUAUUAACACGGAGCACAAUGCGGCCAUUCAGCUCCGAGGUUGGCUCCACCCCUAUUUCUUUCUAUCUUAUGCAUUAUGUCCCAUUGAAUGACUUUGGAAGAGGCAUGCAGAGACUGAGAAAUUCCACUAUCUUAAAUUAAAAGGUUUUUGGAGUAAGUUUAUGUUUACUAUUCUUCACUGUUUUGCACAAUAGAAACUUUUGCAUUUGUUAUUAAUAUAUUGCACUUUAUAAUUAUUCUCUUUGCACAGUGCACUCUGUUAUAUGCACUUCUAGUGAUUUUUUUAAUAUAUCACUAUUUUUAAAGUACCGACGCACCUUUUUUUCGAUUGUGUAAGGUUUGGGAUACAUUAGGCAUCAAAUGAACAGUCAGUUCUUGAAUUUCAUGUGUUCAAAGCAGGAGAAAUGGACAAUCGAAAAGAUCUGAGCAUCUUUGACAACUGCCAAAUAGUGAUUGCUAGAUGACUGGGUCAGAGCAUCUCCACAAUGGCUAGUUUUGUGGUGUGUUCCUGGUAUGCAGUGACUAGUACUUAUUAAAGGGGUGCAAGGAAGGACAACUGGUGAACUAGUACCAGGCAAUGAUGCAUGUGGGGAGUGAAGGCUAGCCUGUCUGCUCCAAUCACAAAAAAUAGCUACUGUAGCUCACAUUUAUAAAAAAUGUAAUGUUGGCCAUGAUAGAAAGGAGUCAGAACACAGUGUAUCACAGUUUGCUGUGUAUGGUACUGCGUAGCCACAAACCAGUCAGAGUGCCCAUGAUGACCCCUGUCCACUGCCGAAAGAGCCUUUAUUGGGAAAGUGAGCAUCAGAAUUGGACCAUAGAGCAAUGGAUGAAGUUUGUGUGGUCUGGUGAAUCACCCUUAGAUCAGGUCGAUUGCCAUGUGUGUGUGCAUCAUUAACCUGGAGAAGAGAAACUUUCAGGACUUAAAGGACCUGCUGCCAAUGUCCUGGUGCCAGAGACCACAGACACGUUCAGUGGCCUUGUGGAUUCCAUGACUCGACUUAUCAGAGCUAUUUUGGCAGCAUUAGGGUGACCAAAACGAUAUUAGGCAGGUGGGUGUAAUGUUGGGGCUGAUCAGUAUAUAUUUACUUAAUAAGUAGCUAACAAAGUCACUUACCUUGUUACAUAAUUGAGGACAUUUUCCCGAGUGACAUUUUCUUCAAACAUGAGAGUGAAGUGUAUGAUUUUGGCCCCAAAUAAAUACCAGCUUAAAGUGUGUUUUCAAUAUAUUUAAACUCUUUAAACUAUGAAUCUCCUAUCCAAAUUAUCGUCAUUGCUCACAAUAGUGCCACUUGUAAAAAUUCUAAAUAUAAAAGUUUCCAAAAAUGUAUUGUGUAGUACUAUUAACAAGCAUCUCGUCAUAUUUGCAAACACCUCCACCUUUAUAUGCCAGUAUACACUGCAUUUCCACAAUAUGAAGAUAAGUGCACUAAAUACAAUGAUGCCCAGGUGCAUCCUGCCUCCUCCACCAGUCUUUGCCAAACUGCUGUGGGAAAGAGCUCAGCAUUUCGAGAAACUCCGAACUUUGUUUCUAAAGAGCAAGAGGGGUCUCAAUUAUGCAGUGGGCUGCAUGAAACUUGUUCAGGGGCUAGAAGUGACGGCUAGUUUGAGACCCUUGCAUUACAACGAUCUCCCCAGAUAAAAUGUGUGGUUGACUAGUGGCAUAAUUUACACUUUCCAGGACACAAAUUCAGAAAAAAACAAAACUUUAUAUGCUCUUUGAUUUUUCAUCUCUUUAUGUUUUCUUUAUUCUUAUUAUGUUAAUUUUUAACCAGCAAUGCUUGAACAACUACGUGGUGGAAAUAGGGACACUGAGGUAUCCUUUUCAUUAUACUCUUUUAUAACCUGCAACUAUUUUACAUUUCAUUUUGUUUUGUAUCAUCUCUUCCUUCACAGUCUUUCCUUUCUUAAAUUCUUUAUAUUUUUCACACAUUUCUUUUUCUUUAGUUGUAUCAUUAAAUAUGUUAGUUUUUCAUUUAUUCUCUUUUCUAAAUGUUCAAGAAUUGCUGGUGUCCCUAGCUCUUUGUUCACCCCCAAAUAUGGAUAGUGAGGGAAUCUUUUGUUUCUUUCCUCUCUCUGGCCCUUUUUAAAAAAAAAUUAGUAAAAUUUUUUUUUGUCUAUCUGUUAUGUUUCUUUUUUGUUUGUCUUUUGUUUAUUCUCUAUGUUUUUCUACAAGUUCUUUUUCCUUUCCUUUCACAAAGUUUCUAUACUUAUACUUGACAUAUCUUAAUUGCAUUCCUUUAUGUGUCUAUGUUGUGAAUAUAUAUUCAAUUUUAAUAUACAUGUAAGUGGUUACGAUCAGUUUUCAGUCUGGUGGGUCUUUUCUGGUCCUUUUUUUUUUUUUUGCUCUUUUUAAGAAAUAAGAAUAGUUUUAAAGAUUUGUUCCAUGAAUGUGAGAUGCAUAAUUACGCCGCACAGGAGGUGGUUGCUAUUUAGGGAGACAAAGAAAAAUGAAAUUUUAUUUAUUCAAGAGUACCAUUUCAAGCUAAAUAAUACCCAAAGGUUUUAGUAAAAGAUCAUCCCAUUCAGUCUCAUUCUACAUUUUGCACCAAGGCUAGAGGUGUCUCAAUUUUUAUUCAUAAAAAUGUAGAAUGUCACACACUAUUGACAUUUUGGUUGAUCAAGAGGGUAGAUAUGAGAUUUGGAAAGGCCUAUUAAAUAGUGUGGAAUACACUCUGGCAAACGUCUAUUUUCCUAAUUCUAAUCAAUUUCAGUUUUUGAAAUACAUUGUUACUAAAGUGUCCAAGAAUGUCGAGUGGAGACACUCAUUUCGUGUUAGACCACAAUAUUGAUAUAGUUAGAGAGAAUCUAACUGCGCUGUUUAAAAUUAUUGUACUGAAAAAUUGGCGAAUCUUUGUUCCAAAUUUUGCUUUUCACAAGGCCUAUUUGAUUGUUAGCGCAUUCUACAUGAAGGAGAGAGAGACUACACCUUCCAUUCACCUAUCUACUAUAUGUAUUCUCGGAUUGACAGAUUCUUGAUGGGAGAAAAUGUUAUUCCUCUUAUUUACGUUUGGACAUCUUGGAUGUUAAUUGGUCUGAAGGUACCCUCAUAGUGUUAUUUCUAGAAGAAUCCUUCUAAUCAAACCUAGAUAGGCAAUGGAGAUUAAGUGACUAUUUAGUCACUGAUCUUGAAAAUAAGUCAGAAUUGAUACGCAAAUCAGUUGACAUUGAGGGUAUUUUUGUAAGGGAUAAAGAACAUAAAGUUUGUCUAUUUGCAGAUGACAUCAUACUUUCUUUAAAAAAAUCCCUUGACCUCACUACCUCCAUUGAUGACUGUUCUGCAAGAAUUUGUCAAUAUCUCAUAUUAUUAAUUAAAUACAGCAAAAACUAAAGCUCUUCAAUUCUUUAUACCAUGGUUUGAUUUAGAUACCAUGAAGAAAAUGUAUGAUUUCGAUUGGAGGGAUUCAUAUAUUUCUUAUAUGGGCAUAAACCUGUGCAAGAAUCUGUCCAAGAUGCAUAGAUGUAAUUUCGAAAAGGUCUGGUCCGAACUUAGGAAAAACAUUGAAAGAUGGUGUGGUCUCGAAAUUUCUUGAUUAGGUAGAAUUAAUUCGGUCAAAAUGACUCUCCUGCCCAAAAUUUUAUACAUACUUAGGACUAUUCCCCUCCCUAUACCUCUAACCACUCUGCACCUGUUUCAUUUAUUUGGAACAAAAAAACCUACUAGGAUUAAACUACCCAUGUUACAAAAAACAAGGAUUGGGGAGGGGUGGGGUUUGCCAGUUUUUAUCUAUUGCUAUUACUCUACUAAUGCAGCUAUGGCUUUUCAAUUUAAUUUCGAUUAUGCCAGGCCCCAAUGGCUUGAAAUGGAGGCGAGUAAAAUUUUACUUCAUUUCAUUAAAGAUUUAUUGUGGUUGCCUUCAUCUCAACGUCUUAAGGCGGCAGACUUGUUUCCCUCCACUAAAUUAACCCUUAAAAUGUGGUAUCUUUUAUUCAAAAAAAUUCAACUACCUGCCAUAUGGUCUAGGGCUACACCAUUAUUAGCAAAAGGUUAUGCUUUACAGGAAUUGGAUGUAGAUUACUGGGUCUCUCAUUUGCUUGUCCAUUUUGAUGAUUUAUUUUUGUUCCAAUAGCCUUCUGCCUUUUGAUCAACUAAAAGAAAAAUGUAAAUUAAGUUUAAUUGAUGCCCAAACAUAUGAGAGACUUGUGACAACAAUUAGUGAACAUUUCGCUCUUUCCGAUCAUGAUCCGAACUUGUUGAAAUUAGAUAUGACAAAACUAGAAAAAAUUUAUUUAAUGGACCCUGGUCGGAAACAAAGCAUCUCCAUGCGUUAUAAUAUUUUUGCAGGUGACAUGUGUGAUUAAUUGAACUACAUGUUGAAGUGGGAGGGUGAACUGGGUGGGAUAUACACAGUAGAGGAAUGGAAUAAUUUCUUAUUAUCAUUAAAAGGUAUCACUUAAUGCACAAAUCAUUUGGAAUCCCACUACAAAUUAAUAUAUAGAUGGUACCUAACCCAUUCCAAACUUUUAACUUAAAUCUUAAAACAAUAAAUGUUGUAGAAACUGCGGUCAUACUGGUACAUUGUUCCACAUCUUUUCGUGUCCCAAAAUCAAAUCUUAUUGGCUGAAAAUUCUCAAAUUAAUUAAUCAAAUAUUAGAAUUUGAUGUAGUUUUAUCCCUGUGUCUUUGUCUCUUUAAGCCAAUUCCUCUAAUCUGUCUAGAUAUAAACAAAUUAUACAAGGCCAUCUUUUAAUCUCAGCAAAUUCCAUCAUCUCUCGACUCUGGAAAUCACCCACUAUACCAAUUGUGGGUCAAGUCUUUUCUGUAGUAUUUGAAAAUAAAAGAUGUUAAUUAGCUUUCCAUGAACCAUCUACUUUCACAUCUAUACUGCAGCAUGAAUGGUCCAUUUUUAUGUGUAUUUUACUUAUUUAUCUGUUUUUUUUACAACAGUUCAUUCAUUAUUGUAUUUAUGUCAUUUUUAUAUUAUCUGUUAUAUUAUUUAAAAAAAAAUUAAUAAAUAUUUUAGAUGGAAAAAAAACUAUAAUAUUGCUCUGAAUGUUAAUUUCAGAUUCAGAAAAUUUUAAGUUAUGUAGUAAUACAUUAAAAUGUAAGUUAAUAAAUCACAUAACUGAUAGAUCUACUAAAUAAAAACCAUAAAAGAAAACAACAUCAGACACAAAAUAAAUGUAAUAUAUUUGACACUUUAGAUUUAUUUAACUGCAUUAAAUUAAUGUUUUAAUAAUUGUACAUUUCCAAGUAGUGAGAUAAUGUGAUUACCAUGGAAUCUUGUUCCUGGGGUCAUAUUCAGUAAUGAACAAUACUUAUCAAAGGAACACUGUACAGUUAAAUAUAAAUAUAUUUAUUUCAUGGUCUGUUUUAAAAUAAAAAAAUAAAAAAAUGUUAUAAAACGUGCCUUUAUUACAGUGCCAAGACAGACUCCUCUAUGCAGCCACUUCCUCUUUCACAAAGUCAUCAGGAUUGACUGGUCAAGAAGAACUGUGGACAUGCAGUGCAUGAGCAGGAAGUGACAUGCUCUGUCAGUCAAAUACAUCAUGCUGUGUGUGAUUAUGCUGGAGUAAAGACCUUACAUUUUCAAAGGUCUGAAGGAGGAAGUGAUUCUAUUUGUUUUCAGUUUAACAGCCACUAGAGGCGUGUACACUGACAAGUGUAAACAUUGCCAUUUCUUUGAAUUGGCAAUGUUUACAUUUAUCUGUGAAAAAUUGUAUCAUUUUGGGAUUAAAACCACUAUGUUAAUAUGUGGUGUUUUUGGUGCUUAGAGUGUCUCUUUAAUCAAAAACAGAGUACCACAGUGAUGGCUAACACUUGACACCAUAAAUUGCUUCUGGACUACAUUUCCCAUGAUGCUCAGCUAGCUUUUAAACUGUAAAAGCUAGCUGGGCAUCAUGGGGAAUGUAGUCCAAAAACAAUUUAUGGUGUCAAGGUUAGCCAUCACUAGAGUACCAUCUCUAUCUUCAGUGUAAUCACUUUCCCUGCCUCGGCAUGUUCUUCUGUGAUGAUACCAUUUAGAGCUGGGAUUAUUGAGCUUGUAUGUGCAUUUACUAUAAUAGUAUAUAUGUGCUGUAGUGUGGUAGCAUUGUACUGUCAUAAUAUGAAUACACUUUGUAUUCUCAUCCAGGGCUGUAAAGUGGUUGGAUCUGCUGGCUCAGAUGAUAAAGUGAAAUAUCUAAAGAACAUUGGUUUUGAUGAGGCCUUUAACUACAAAACUGUGCGCUCACUGGAGGAAGCAUUGAAAAAAGCAUCUCCGGAUGGCUACGAUUGCUUCUUUGAGAAUGUGAGUCACAUGUUAUGCGUUAAUAGUGUUAGGUAAAAAUUUGCAAGCCUUACUAUUCAACAACCCUCUUUACUUUUAAUGGGGUGUGUAUAGUUUUUUUCUACCUUGAAUGCAGGGUUAUUAAGAGCUAUAAAUGCAUAAUAAGCAGUACAACUUGCACUAACAUGUCGUACUGUACAAGUCGGAGAAAGCUAAACAGUUUUCCUCAAAUGUCACUUUUCGCUACUAGCACAUUUUACAUCACCAUGCUGAGCUCAUUUUUAAGGCUCUGCGUUCAUUGUGUUAUUAACACCAUAAUCCAUGUUUCUUUUCUGUGAGUAACCCUCCCAUAUUAGAGAUUCUUUUUUUCAGCAGCUCAUGCACUUAGUAAAUAACUUCAAUCUGCAAAAAAAAAUACAGGAUUGGAAGCAGCCAACUUAAAAUAUGGUAAACAACAGAACAUUAGUUCAGUUCCCAAACAGUGAAAUUUAGGAUUCUAUACCUAUACUUUUCAAUACAAAUUAGCAAUUGAAAAUUAAAAGAUAAAAGGGACGGUUUAUAAAGGUAAAUCAGGUGUUAAUCUAGGCCAGGAAUAGGCAACCUUUUAGCAGCACUGUGCCGAAAUAGGAUUGUUAUGUCCCGUAGCGUGCCGGUCUUAUUUUUUUUAAUUAAGGUAUGUAUGUUGCCAUAUUCUGCUUGUGUUAUUUAUACUGUAAUUGCUUUGUAUCUUUGUAUCUGUGCGUAUGUGGGCGGUUAUAUUGAAUAUGUUAAUGAGUCAUUUGUGGUAUCGUGUAUGAUACCUAGGACUGUGUAUGGGGGCUACUUAUGGAAUUGUGUGUGUGUGUUUUUUCAUUCAUAUCUCCAGAACUCCAAAAUGGCAUUAUUUUACCUAAUAACUCAAUCAUACACUCAAUUACUCAAAAUAUCUUUCAAGGUUUUUCAUUCUGACAGUCUGGUCUAUCUAUCUAUCUAUCUAUCUCCUUUAUUUUAAUACUGGGCUACUCAAGUUACAGGUUUACUGACAUUGAGACAAAAAAAUAAGAGUUUUUAAUAACUUUUUAAAUUUCUUUAUACUGUAUGUGUGCAGGUUGGGGGAGAAUUUGCAGAUGUGGCUUUAAGACAGAUGAGAAAAUAUGGAAGAAUUGCAGUCUGUGGUGCUAUUGCCCUCUAUAAUGAUACAGUCCCUAAAAAAGGUAUUAUUUCUAUUUCCUCAAAUUUCCAAAUUUUUCCUCAGAGUAUAUUCUUUUCUUAAUACUUAUUAUUAAGUGUUGCCAUAUCUCUCUUCUAUUGAUGGAGACAGAGCAGCAGACACUCAGUAUUGGUUUUACCAUUGUUGUGCCUGUGUGGGUAUGGGAGAGCCUGUGUCAUUGAUUCAAGUGCGAGACUGGUUAGGUUACUGCUGUGCCUAGCCACUGAUAAGUAAGACGGUGACACCAACUUUAAGUGAGAGAUGGAUAACCUAUUUCCUUUUUAACUGAUCCAAGUGUGAGACAGUUUAGGUUACUGCUGUAUCUAGUGUGCAUUCAUAGAGGCAUCCACCCUUUGUUCAAUGGCAUUAAAAUUACGUGCAAAAUCAGAUGGACUUGAAGAUGGUGGAGAAAAUGCAGGAGGUGAGUGAACACUUGUUGCCCAAGAUACGUAUACUAACAGUCGAGUAGCUUCUGGGCCAGAAGUAGAACUGCUUUGUCUGCAGUUGUGAGGAAAACAGAAUUAUAAUCACUGAGUUCAUCACCACCACCUCCACCACAAUGAACACCAGAUAUUGGUGACACUACUUUGGUAAUCUGCACUAAUUCCUCACUAAAUAGUGACUCUGAUGAUCCAAACAAACUAGAUUAUACUGUAGACUGGAAGGUGAAGUAACCUAUCUAGAAUAGGUGGGAUACAACCCCACUAAGAUUACCUCAACUAUAAAUUAUUCAAGGAAAUGGCUAACAAAAAAUAAUAAACAACUUUAUUUUACAAAUAUACAUGGAAACGUACAAAUCUAUAUGAGACGAAGUACCCUUCGCCACUUGUGCCUGGAGGGGACUACUGGUUAGCCUCCUGCCUUCCGACUAUGGCCCCUGUGCUGAUAGCUGUAUUUUACCCUGCAGAAAGGUUUAUUUGUGUAUUUCUUCCGGGGCGUUCGGGACUUUCAGUAUGUGGGCAGUGCUACCCCAGAUAGCUAUGCCAUGGACCCUAUUCGUGUAACGAAAGACUAUGGAAAAGACUUUGGCUCCAUUGCGAUUGAACUGUAUGUAUGUGAUCUGAGCACCAUUCAGUAAUAAUGUAUGCUCAAAUCUAAGCUAUCUGGGGACAUGUUGCAUGUAUAUGUUUUAUGUAGUAAUUGUAACAUUCUGUAAUUUUCUGUCUUUUUGUAACCAUGUGGUUAAUGGAGUCUUGCCUCUGUCCUGUGAGAUAAUUUGAUUACUUCCCAAUUAUCUCCAGGAUAGAGAGAAGGGAUUGUGAUGUCACUGUGGGAGUGUUUUGUUUGUAUUGUCUGUGAUUGACUAAUAUCCAAUAUGUGUCCCAUUGUUCCAUCAGGUCCCCUAGAGGAGUGUCCACCUGGUGGACACUUGCAUAAAUACCGGGCAGGUAGCCCUCAAUAAACUAGACCUGCUUGCACCUUUCUUGAAGCCUUGGCUCAUGCUUGGGGGGAGGGAUACCUACACUCUGGGGAUUGAUAUAAUCACUUACUCCCCAGAGUAAGCUCUUGUAAGAGCUUGAUUUGUUCCUGCUACGCUCUCUGGAUUAAGGAGAGGUUCACACACUGGGAGCUGGAUCCUGGUCGUGGAUCCAGGGUGGGUGAGAGACGGCGAGACCCCGGCGCAGCUGCAUCACUGGAAGUGGGGUCCGCAGUGCUGAUGGUGUUGGUUGGAGUGCUCGGAGUCCUCAGCAAGCGCCAGGAGCAUCGAUUGGCGGAGAUAGAACGUGUGAAGAGCCAUUUAGGCUGAUGCACCUUUUUUACUUUUAGGCAGCCUAUGCUAGAUUGACUGAAUAACUCCUAAAUUGUGUUAUUGGAUGAAGGGUAAACUCAAAAGUGCCCCACAAAAUAAGAAAAGUGCAGUUUAAAAGUAAAAAAGGUGCAUCAGCCCAAAUGGUGCUUCACACGUUCUAUCGUUUUUAACCCCUUUAGACCGGAGGGCAUACUAUUAUGCCCUAUUAUAGGCGGCUCUAAACGCCGCCGGGCGUAAUAGUACGCCCUCCGGUCUUUCGGUACUUACCCGGUCGCCAGCGGUCCCCCAGGGAGCCCCCGCGGCACGUCUGUCCUCCACGAAGCCCCCCGGCCGUGUGAGAGUGGGGUCCUUGCGAGGACCCCACAAUCACAUGGCCGGGGAUAGCUGGCUUCUGUAUUGCCAGCAGGGGGGCUGCCUGUAAUGACAGGUGGUCCCCCUGCUGGCUGAAAAUAAAAUUAAAAUGAGUUAAAAGUGUAAAAAUAAUAAUAAUAUAUACUUAGAUCAUAUAUAUAUAUUAUAUAUAUAUGAUUUAAGUAUAUAUAUACACAUAUACAUACACACAUGUACACCGUCUAGGUGUAUUUUACUAUUAAUAUAUAUAUAAUUAUAUAUAUAUAUUAAUAUCAAAAUACACGUAGACUGAUACUGAUUAAAUAUAUAUAUAUAAUUAUUGUUAUAUAUAUAUUUAUAUAUAAUAUAAAAAAAAUAAAAAUGUAAAUACGUUAAAAAAUAAAAUUAAAAAAAUAAUUAAAAAUAAAUAAUUAAAAAAUAUUUAGAUGUGUGUUAUUUCGUUCUAACUGUAUUGUGAAAUUAUAUAUAUAUAUAUAUAUAUAUCAAAAUACACGUAGAACGAAAUAAUAUAUAUAUCUAUAUACAUAAAUAUAUACGUAUAUAUCACUAUAUAUAUACCUAUAUAUAAAUAAAAAUAUUUUUUAAAAAUUAUAUAGAUAUAAACAUAUAUUAAUUCUACAUAUAUAUUUAUGUAAUAUUUUUACAUAAUUAGGUAUCUUAAUUAAUUACAAUUAGCAGGACCUGCCUGACAACCCAUGCCGAAAGUAAAGGGAAUUUAAUUUGCUAGCACUAUAUUUAACCCUAUAACUUUCCGAGACACCAUAAAACCUGUACAUGGGGGGUACUGUUCUACUCGGGAGACUUCGCUGAACACAAAUAUUAGUGUUUCAAAACAGUAAAAUGUAUUACAACAAUGAUAUCGCCAGUAAAAGUGACGUUUUUUGCAUUUUUCACGCACAAACAGCAUUACACGGACGAUAUUAUUGCUGUGAUACUUUUUACUGUUUUGAAACACAAAUAUUUGUGUUCAGCGAAGUCUCCCGAGUACAACAGUACCCCUCAUGUACAGGUUUUAUGGUGUUUUCAAAAGUUACAGCGUCAAAUAUAAGGCUUGCGUUUCAUUUUUUUCACAUUAAAAUUCGCCAGAUUGGUUACGUUGCCUUUGAGACCCUAUGGUAGCCCAAGAAUGAAAAUUACCCCUAUGAUGGCAUACCAUUUGCAAUAGUAGACAACCCAAGGUAUUGCAAACAGGGUAUGUCCAGUCUUUUUUAGUAGCCACUUAGUCACAAACACUGGCCAAAAUUGGCGUUUUUUGCAUUUUUCACACACAAACAAAUACUAACGCUAACUUUGGCCAGUGUUUGUGACCAAAUGGCUACUAAAAAAGACUGGACACACCCCAUUUGCAAUACCUUGGGUUGUCUACUAUUGCAAAUGGUAUGCCAUUAUGGGUGUAAAUUUCAUUCCUGGCUACUAUAAAGUCCCAAAGGCAACGUAACCAAUCUGGCGAAUUUCAAUUUCAAAUGUAACGUGCUAUAUUUGACCCUGUAACUUCCCAAAACGCCAUAAAACCUGUACAUAGGGGGUACUGUCUUACACGUGAGACUUUACUAAAUACAAAUAUGUGUAUUUUAUUGCAGUAAAAGCAAACAGUAUUAUGACACUGACCUUUAAAAUGUCAUUUAGAACUAAAAAAAAAAAAAAAAAUCGUAUUUUCUCCCAUUUUUUUCAUAUUAAAUUAUGUUUCAUAGCUAAAUAUUUGAUAUUAAAUGAAAGCCCUGUUUCCCUUGAAUAAAAUGAUAUAUAAUAAGGGUGGGUGCAUUUACUAUGAAAGAGGUGAAUUACGGUUGGACAGACAUGUAGCGCAAAUGCCAGGUUUUGUUUACAUUUUGUUUUGUUCACAACGUGUACAUUUGGCUCCGUCCUUAAGGGGUUAAUAUAUAGAGAUUUGUACGUUUCCAUGUAUAUUUGUAAAUAAAGUUGUUUAUUAUUUUUUGAGGUAAUAUUAGUGGGGUUGUAUCCUACCUAUUCUAGUCAGGUUACUUCCCUUCCUGUCUAUUUAUUUAUCUCAACUGGGUUAAGCCCAUUAUUACCUCAAGGACCCACUCUCUGAUUACGGAUCGGAUUUACUCUGUUUUUAGUUUCAGAAUCUUUUUCUUAGAUUAUGCUCUACUCUUAUUUUGUUGCUUCUUGGGUAGAUAUAACGCUUGAGCAGUGGUAGAAGGAGCUGCAGUGCCAAUGGAAGUUGCUGAUACAUGAAAAGAAUGGGGGGAGGAGGGAGGAACAAUUGCUUCCUAGGUGUUAAAUUGGAUUUAGUGGACAUUCUGUGAAUCUCUCUAUCCUGAGGCAAAGAACUACUAAUAGUGAUGGUGGCAGAAGUGGUGGUGGUGGUGGUGGUGGUGGACUAAACACAGUUCUUUUUCCAAACAGUUAGCAAAUAUAUAUAUUAACAACUGUAUUAUUAUUACUAACCUAGUCUCACACUAAGACGAAUAACUAAAGAAGCCUAUCUUCUAUCUCCCACUCAAACUUGUUUCAAACACCUCUGUCAGCAGCUGCUAGCUAUAAUUAAUCAGUGACCUUGACUAGGAAAGAGGAACUUUUGUUUCCUUUGUUACUGAACAGAACACCACUCUGCCCAAAAUAAGGAUUUUACUUCCUCUAAACUGUUAACAAACAAAACCCCCAAAACAAAACCUAGUAACAAUUGUUUAUUGCUAACCUAGUCUCACACUAGGAGCAGUGACAAAAUGCCUACCAAUCUCCUAUCUUCUACUCAAAUGUAUUUCAGUGACCCUGGCAGUAUCUGAUAGCUAGAUACAGCUGCAACUUAAAGGGACACUAUAGUCACCAGAACAACUACAGCUAAUUACAUUUGUUCUGGUGAGUAGAAUCACUACCUUUAGGCUUUUUGGUGUAAACACUGUGUUUGCGUUACAGCCUAGUGAUAACUACACUGGCCACUCCUUAGAUGGCUGUUAGAGAUCCUUCCUGGGUCAUGGCUGCCUAAAAAGCAUCUAAACAUUCUCCUCCCUCUGCAUGCAGACAUUGAACUUUUCUCAUUGAUUCAAUUAAUCUAUAUGAGGAGAUGCUGAUUGGCCAGGGCUGUGUUUGAAUCAUGCUGGCUCUGCCCCUGAUCUGCCUCUUUGUCAGUCUCAGCCAAUCCUAUGGGAAAGCACUGUGAUUGGAUCAGGCUACCACUUCUGGCUUGACAACAGUAAGAGUUUUACUAUAUUUAUGAAAGCAUGAGGGGGCCAGGCUGGCUAGAUGGUGGUUUUAACACUAUAGGGUCAGGAAUACAUGUUUGUGUUCCUGACCCUAUAGUGAUCCUUUAAGCCUGAUAAUGACAAAAUAUCUGCCAAUGUCAUGUCUCCCACUUAAAGUUGUUUCCAGUGAUCCUGGCAGUAACUGCUAGCUAGAUAUUGAAUACAGCUAAACUUGAUCUCACUCUAGAAUCAAUUACACACGCUAUCUCCCACUCCCACACAGGUACAGGAAAUAGACAGAAUCACUGCUGGUUUUUCUCACUUAGUAGCUCAAGUCAAAAUGUCUACAAGAAUCCUGCUUGAUAGUAUAGUUGUUUUAUUAGUCCUCUUUUUUCAACUUUAUUGGUCACCAUAGAGACUAUCUGAUUGGUGCAGAGUGGUGGUUUGCUGUACCUGGGCAGUAACCUCCCAAUGCUUUCCUGUGGGAAAGCUUUGGAUUGGCUGAGAUCAUUGUUCUUGAUAAUCUCAGCAAAAGAGGUGGAGCUUCAGCAAAAGAGAUCGUUCGGUAACCUAAACGUGACUAGGGCACUGUCACAUCAGGAAAACAUAUUUGUAUUCCUAACACAAUAGUGUUAUAUUAACAGCAAACCUGAUUAUAUCAUGUCCACAGAAGAGUGUGGAUAAACAGUAAAAUGAUGUGGCACUUUGAAAUAAACAUAAUGCUAUAAAAUUAAAGUGAAUAAAAACAGAUGCAUCUUCCACAGGAGAGUAUGUCCACCUCCCUUUAAUAUUUCAAGAACUUCGCAUGGAAGGAUUUACAGUACAGCGUUGGCUGAGCAGAUAUAAUGAAGGCUUGGAGAAACUCAUGCAAUGGGUUGUAGAGGUAUAUUUUUGCACUUAUAUUAAUUCUUUUUUUUAAGUUCAUAUGUGUCCAAUAUUUCUUGUAUCAAUGUACUCCAAGCAAAAUGGUCCCAUUGAAAUUUUGAUUUCAGAUUAAAAAGGAACAUAAAUGUAGUACUUAGUUUAUUUUUUAAAGAGUUUAUUGUCAGGAAUACAAAGUAAAACAAAAGUGCAUUUUCAGUUUCAGGUCAAAAUAGCUGAAUUAGAAAAAUCUCCAAGUCAACUAUGUCUUCCCUUUGGCUAUUCACAUUAUAAUUUGAUAUUCACAUUGCUUUCCUAACAACUCACACUUUUAUAAAUAAUUCUGGAAUUCUACUUCUGCUAUAACUUAAAUUAAAUAACCUUUUACUUUUUUAUUUUUACACAGGGAAAGUUAAAGUAUAAUGAGCACAUCACCAGAGGAUUUGACAACAUGCCCUCUGCUUUUCUUGGGAUGCUUAAAGGAGAAAACAUCGGGAAAGCCAUCAUAACUGCAAAAUAGAUAUUUCAUAUACAUUAUUCAUGUUUUGCAUCACAUGCUGAGUUUUGUGAAAACAUUUUGUGAAAAUAUAAUUUUGAAAA